AUGGCGACUGUAUUUCGCGCUUUGGAGAAGCUAAAACUACCUGGUGGUCUGCAUCGUGAACGUAUUCAAUGGCUUUAUGAAGGUGCGACGCUGAAAUCCGAUGGCAGCUACUUACUCUACUGGAUGCAGACGUCCGUGCGUACCAAGCAGAAUUAUGCAUUAGAAUAUGCAGUAGCAGCUGCAAAUGAAUUGAAGGUACCUCUACACGUUGUUUACCUGUUUCCAGAUCGCUCGGUACUUCCUGCAUUGCAAUCGUCAAAAGGCGAUGAAUGGAAAGCUGAAGCACUUCAAGAUGCCAAUGCUCACGCAUUUGCCACUGAAAGACACGCUUUGUUUGCGCUUGAGGGGUUGGCUGACGUGCAUCAGCGGCUUGUAGGUCGUGGUUUAAGUUUUGAUGUGUUCCACCAUCAACAGAAUAAAAAGCGUCUUGCUCGUAACGAACUGCUCGAGAUCUGUGCGCGGAAAGCUGCUUUGGUAGUAACGGACCGUCCUUACCUAAGACCAUGGCGCUCUGCACUGGACAAUUUAGUGUCAUCAGUGGAAGAUCAAGGUGCUAACUACGGUAUUGUUCAAAUCGAAGGUGACGUCGUGGUGCCAGUUGCAGAGGUCACAGAUAAAGAAGAAUUCUCGGCGCGUACUAUACGUCCUAAGAUCAUGAAGCUUGUAGACCGAUAUGUCGCCAGUUUAGAAGUGAUGGUUCCGGACAAAGUAUGCAAAACAGAGGGACAGACUUUGCUGGCAAUUCUCGAAAAACCAGAGCAGCUGAAGGUGCUGGAUGUGACGAGCCCGGUAGCUGUAGAUAAGACAUUACAGUUACUGGAUGUUGAUCAUAGCGUGAAGAGUGUAGGCUGGCAUUUUAAAGGAGGCGAGGUCGCAGCUUCUGCGUGUGCUAAAGAGUUUUUGACUCCAGACAAACUAGCAAGUUACGCAACGGAGCGCAAUGAGCCAAGUCUGGACGCUGGUAGUGAUUUGAGUAUUUAUCUACGCCACGGACACAUAUGUGUGGUACGUAUUGUGCUCGCUGCGCAGAAAUUGAAGAAAGUGGCGAAGGCAAAAGAAGGUUUGGCGUCGUUUCUUGAAGAACUUAUUGUACGUCGUGAAUUGUCGUUGAAUUUGGUGACGUUCAACCAUCAAAAUUACGACUCAAUGCGUUGCCUACCAAAAUAUGCGCAGACGACAUUAAAAGACCAUAUUGAUGACAAACGAGAGAAAAUAUAUUCGCGUGAAGAACUUGAGUCUUAUCAAACCGAAGAUAGAUUUUGGAAUGCUGUACAGCGAGAGCUAGUUGUCACGGGCAAGAUGCAUGGGUACAUGCGCAUGUAUUGGGGAAAGAAAUUGUUGGAGUGGACUCGAACGCCCGAAGAAGGGUUUCAUGCGGCGUUGGUGCUCAAUAAUAAAUACGCUUUAGAUGCACCGGACGCGAAUUCCUACGCAGGCGUGGCUUGGACGUUUGGAAAGCACGAUCAAGGCUGGAGAGAGCGCCCAAUUUUUGGCAAAGUACGCUACAUGAAUGAGACCGGACUCAAACGCAAAUUUCGAAUGGAUGCGUAUGUACAUAAGGUUGGACGACUAGCAGCUCAGGCCAAGAAGGCAUCGAAAGGUGGAGACUUAGACGAUGAAAAGCAUUCAAGCUCAAGCGUUGGUCAUAAGAAAGAUGCGAGCAUCGGUAAAUGGGAGCAGAACUAG